CGGACACGGUCGGGUGCGUGCCGACCGCGCUCGCUAAUUACGCGUCGUCGUCGUCCAAGAAGAAGAAGACGAACUUGAAAGUUAACCUGCGUGAAGCGUCACGUGAGGCCUUUGCAACCCCGAAGGUGCGAUGCGGCGCGAGGUAUGCGGGCCCGUCUGCGCUGGCGCUGAGCACAUCAAGUGCUCCAACUGAGUCCUCGUUGACAUUUUAGAUGCGACGAUUGACUGACGCACAGAACAACAACAAGAACCUCAUUAGCGACACUGAAAGUGUACAAAAGGGAAACGUCUGGACGAUUUGGACCAAUAUUUCCGACGAGUGUCUCGGGGCCGCCGACCGGCAGCAGGGUGUACGGGGGGUUCCCGACAGCGACGCGGACUGCGCCCCUCCUCGCAAGUCAAACAAAUGCCGGCAUUAACUAUUCACCGGUUUGUGCUUUUUCUUCGCUGGCGCCUUCGUUGACACUGAGGCAAAACUCGCUUUCAUCUGAAAAAGGAUGGGCCCGGCGUCCCGCUUUCUGAGGAGAUGUCUCUGGGUCGGCUCCUGCGCCGCGCCUCCUCCAAGGCCUCCGACCUCUUGACCUUUAACCCCGGCGCGACGCUGCGCUCGGGCUCGGACGGCGAGAUAGUUUACUCCAAAAACAACGUGUGCGUGCACCCCGCCGAGCCGCUGCCCGGCCUGGCGGAGCACCACCCGGGCUACCUGUGCGUGCACGUGGAGAAGGACGAGUGCCUGGGCACCACUCUCAUUCUGACCUGGGUGCCCAACUCGCGCAUCCAGAAGCGGGACGAAGAGGCCAUGCGCUACAUCACGCCCGAGAGCUCGCCCGUGCGACGGAACGCGCGCCGCGGAGGCCGGCGACGGCACUCGCGCCCCCCCGCCGCACAAGCGGAAGACGACGAGGACGAGGAGAGGAACGUCGCCCGCGGCUCCUCCGCCGACGAGGCCGAGGCCGAGGCCGACGAGGGCUCGUGCGAGCUGUCGGACGAAGUGAGCCGCGACAGCGCCACGGGCUCCGACUCGGACACCUUCUCCUCGCCCUUCUGCUUGUCGCCCGUCAGCGAGGCGCUCCGUGAGGGCGGCGGCUCCGUCUUCUUGGACAACGACUGCAGGGAGCCGUCCGAGGAGUUGGCGCGCCGCUCGACGAGCUCCGCCUCCAGCCCGGAGAGCGACGGCCAGUCGCAGGGCGCCCGGUGGGAGGAGCGACAGAAGGCGCUGGCGCUGGAGCGGCUGCGGGCCGUGUUCCGGGUGGACCUGGGUCACGUGAGGUCGCUGCGGCUCUUCUUCAGUGACGACGCGUGCGCCAGCGGCCAGCUGGUGAUAGCCAGCCGAGAGAGCCAGUACAAGAUCCUCCACUUCCACCGCGCCGGCCUGGACAAGCUGGCCGAGGUUUUCCAGCAGUGGAAGUGCUGCAGGGAGACGCGACUCAAAGACCAGGUGCCCGAUGAGAAGACCUGCAUGCAGUUUUCCAUCCAGAGGUCCGCGCCGCCGUCGGCCGAGAGCCACCCCGAGGAGAAGCUGUACCGCAGGCUGGAUGUCGGCACCUGGCUACGACACCUCGACGACAACGGCCAGGUGGAGGAGGAGUAUAAACUACGCAAGGCCAUCUUCUUCGGGGGCAUCGAGCCAUCCAUCCGUGGCGAGGUGUGGCCCUUCCUGUUGCACUACUACACUUGUGACUCCACCUCGCAGGAGAGGGAGACCUGGAGGCUACAGAAGCGGGUGCACUACCAUGACGUCCAGCAGAGGAGAUUAUCCAUGAGCCCCGAGGAGCACAGUGACUUCUGGAGGAAGGUCCAGUUCACCGUGGACAAGGAUGUGGUGAGGACGGACCGCAACAACCAGUUCUUCAGAGGCGAGAACAACCCCAACGUGGAGAUGAUGAGGCGCGUGCUGCUCAACUACGCCGUGUUCAACCCCGACACGGGCUACUGCCAGGGCAUGUCGGACCUGGUGGCCCCGCUCCUGACCGAGAUCCAGGACGAAAGCGACACGUUCUGGUGCUUCGUGGGCCUCAUGGAGAACACCAUCUUCAUCAGCUCGCCACGGGAUGAGGACAUGGAGAGGCAGCUGAUGUACCUGCGGGAGCUGCUGCGCCUGAUGCUGCCUCACUUCCACCGGCACCUGACGUCGCUGGGCGAGGACGGCCUCCAGCUGCUCUUCUGCCACCGCUGGAUCCUCCUCUGCUUCAAGCGCGAGUUCCCCGACACGGACGCUCUGCGCAUGUGGGAGGCGUGCUGGGCUCACUACCAGACGGAUUACUUCCACCUGUUCCUGUGCGUGGCCAUCAUCGUCCUCCACGGCGACGACGUGACGGAUCAGCAGCUGGCCACCGACCAGAUGCUGCUGCACUUCAGCAACCUGUCGAUGCGCAUGAACGGAGAGCUGGUGCUGCGCAAGGCUCGCAGCCUCCUCUACCAGUUCCGCCUCCUACCCAGAAUCCCGUGCAGCCUCCACGACCUGUGCAAACUGUGCGGCCCGGGCAUGUGGGAUAGCCGCUACGUCCCCGCCGUGGAGUGUUCCGGCGAGCACCCGGACUCGCAGAGCUGUCCUUACGGGGGCACGUCUACGCCGCGGCCGUCCUCGCCCGCCCCCUCGCCGAUCCGCACGCCCGACCCCUCGGGCGCCGCCAAAUCUCGUGAGGCUUUCGCCUUCUGGAAACAGUCCUGAGGAGGAGCCCAGAUCCGCCGGGAUUCCUGGAGUAUUUCCCGCCGCGCCGUCUCGCUUUCGUGCGUCACGUGAAAGUCGAGGUCGGCGGUGCCCUCUCGUUCGCCUUCUGAAGCGGCGGCCGUUCCGGCGGGGGCGCUUCCGCGGGCUUUUCGCGGGUCGCGGCGGGGUCGGAGGUGAGCCGCGCGGGCUUCCCGCGGAUCUGACCGACGCGGGUCAAAACAGAACCACUGAGAAUUCAUUCACAGCAAGUGAGCUUCGAAACGCGCUCUCACAAAGGCGCGUUUGUCUUCAGCUAUAAAUGCGCAGAUCUUUAUUCGAAGAGAAAUAUUUUUGAAGACUUUUCUCUCCGCAUGUACAAAUCCGUCCGUUUUCCGUAGUGCUUCUCACGCGGGUCGCGGGCGUUCCGGGGCCUAUCUCAGCUGACUCUGGGCGAGAGGCGGGCUACACCCCGAACCGGUCGCCAGCCAAUCGCAGGGCACACGUAAACAAGCAACCGUUCGCGCUUCCAUUCACACCUACGGGCAAUUUAGAGUCUUCAAUCAACCUACCGUGCAUGUUUUUGGGGAUGUGGGAGGAAAACGGAGUACCCGGAGAAAAGCCACGCACGCAGGCGAAGCCACGCCGCCUUUGAACCCGCAACCUCAGAACUGUGAGGCAGAUGUGCUAAAGUCAAGGAGAAAACUAAAUACAGAAGUGAACCUAAAAAUGAAACAGAGAAACAAACAAAACAAAGGAACAUAAAACGCAAACGGAGGUCGGGGUUCACUGGGCACAAAAACUCUCACGCUCACGUUCACACCUGCGGACAAUUUGGAGUCCUCAAUCAACUUAAGAAGCACGCGAGCACACGGAGAGCAUGCAAGUGUCAAAGCAGGGAGAUUCGAACCCAGAUCUGCCAGUCGUGAGGCAGGAGUGCCCACCACUACGCUACCUACCAUGCUGCCCAGUGAAAGCAAUGUAAGGCAAGGCAAAUGUAUUUGUAAAUGUAUUGAUCUCGUGCAUUUCAGACACAAGGUAACGCAACUCAAUUUGCUUUACGUGAUUGAAAGCAUUUCAAAAGAACACAUGAAUAAAAGAUGGGAAAUUAGGCUUCAAAGGUGUCGUCGCGUGACAUCGGCCGAUCCCGUGACACUUCGGCGGAAGUCUGUUUUGCUUUUUCUUGAGCUUGCAUGUUUAUGCGAGACAGCGGCGGCGAGCUCACUUGCCUCGCAGUCCCGAGGUUCCGGGUCGGAAUCGGCGCGUUUGUCCGAGGACCCGCUUGUCCUCUUUGCGCUUUUGUAGCUUUUCUCCGGGUAUUCCGGCUCCCUUUCAAACAACGUCGCGUUUGGACAGCAAACUAGUUGUCGCGCACUCCGUUUGGCCCGAGUUGCUUCGGGACGCCAUUGAGCAACCGUCAAUUGAUUAUUAUGUCCAUCCUGAAUUCCAACUGGAGGAUACCACCAUAAAUAGCGCGACAUAGUAGCGGGGUCGCAAGGAAUUUAUUCAUCCGUUAUCAAAUGAAUUCACCGCUGCUUAGACCUCGACUUCGACUUCAAAAUGUGCAAAUCCUUUGACGUCAGCCUCUCGACAGAAAAACUUCUCCGAUUUCUGUCGUCCUUCAUGACAGCAAACCGAUCAUCGAAAUAUGACGUUUGCAAACGUUUGGGAAAACAAUGACCAACAUUUUUGCCAAUUUUCUGACGUUACCGACCAAAGCAGAAACGGAAUCAACAUCAUUUUCUUUUGAAUUUAUCACGGAAAUAAUGCUUAUUGGCAGCCUCAGAACUUGUCAGAAGUGGACAUGAAACUCGUAACCCUUCGCACGAAUCAGUCCCCAGGAAGUAGCUCUUCGUUACAAAAAGGUUGGCGACGAGUAGUAUAUCAUCACUCCCUCUCGUGUGAGUAGUUCUUCAUUGUUGUUUUUUUUUUUUUUUUUUUAAAUCGUUAAGCAGUAUAAUAAUCGGUUCAUAAACAGUAAAAGAAAAAACAGGAUUUUGCACUAAUAUUGAUCAAAUGAUAGUUUGCCCUCGCAUGUGGGAAAGCAGAGCCACGUUCACCGAGGCACUGUUAUCGUCGACCGGACAAACGCAGUCCGAGCGCGUGUGCCUCGGCUGCUGAAGGUCACGGCUCACGCUCACACACUCACACCAGGCCCCGCCUCUUAAAGGCGCAGUCACGACAAUACACAGACAGUCUUUUGUAUACAUGCUGUUUCCGUGUGUGUUCAAAUAUGUUUGCAAUGUCGAACUUUUCCACCGUUUAACGUGACUGACGCUAGAAUCGUACGUGAAAAAUGGGGUGGACGACAAAUUCGUAGGGUGGCCGCAGCCUCUCCUGUGUCGUGUGUUAAGAAUGCCUUCAGGUGCCAGUACCGCUGCCAAAUAUAUCGGAAAUCUACCGAUCCCAAGUUGAACUAAACUCUACCUGCCGCUUGCCGGAAAGGCUUUAUGAGGUCAAAAACAAGUCACGGAAUGGCUUGUUUUUUUUCGCAGCUGCCAAAAUUGGGAUUGUGUGCCAAGGCGAGAAGAUUGAAGGUGAGGUUUUGUCAUGUGCGCUCACCUGUGGCCACGCAGGAGUGUGGCAGAUCGUCAAGCGUUAUUUGUACUUUUCUUUUUCCAUUUUUUUUAUCGACACUCUGUGUCAUGACUCGCAGUCGCUCCAAAUGUUUGUGUGCUUCGCUCGCACUUAACAGGCUCCUACGCUUUACUGUGUGUGUAAAGUGGAGUGACCUUUUAAACAUCUGGUAAUAAGUGGAGCAUAGAAGCCCCCCCCCCCCAAGCUCAGUCUCUGUAAUUACACCAUUCAUCUUUGGGAUUGAGUUGAAGCAAACCAAAACUUUUUUGCACGGAUUGUGGGCGCCAUAUUCAAACGACUAUCUGCUAUCAUGUUUCCGUAUUAAAAAAGAAAAAAAUCAAGGUGAAAGUCCCUUGACCUUCUAAAUAUGUUUUACAUGUUCAAAGAGAAUGGGUGAAAACAUUUGCAAAGACUGAGAACUAUGCACUUCUGAAUUGCGGAGCUAUAACGUGAAGGUGUUUUUUCACCAUUUCACUUUCCAGGGAUUUAUUAUUCUUACUUUUGAAAAGAUGGUUUUGAAGGAUAGCUGGCAACGUGCUGCCGGUGGCUAAAUUCGAAUGAGUGCAUUUUCAAUUCUCACUGCCAAUUUUGAUACUUUGUCAUCUAUUUUGCUUCUGUCCCUUUUGCAUCAUUCAUGUGCAUUUAAAAAAAGAAUCGGAAUAGAAAUAAACGUUUGCAUGAGCUCUCGACUACCUAAUCUUCUCCAACCUUGAGGGAUUGUUGCUUUUUGUCAGUGACCGUCACCCAGAUAGCGACGAUUAUUUCCAACUUUCACCGGCUGCAAAUUUCAAACAUUUGGGCCGCAUGCAAUGGAAUCACCAGGGGGCAAAGUGCGCGUCUGACUGACGGGCUGCCUUUGCACGACUAACUCGAUUUAAAGCGGUCGAAGUCCAAACACGUCGUCGCUGAAUGAACAGUGUUGCCGUUCGCCACCGCAACAUGUUGUACGACCUCGCUCGGCACCAAAAUGAGCCUUUUCAGAGGAAAAAUUCAAAAUAAAAGCUCGGCCUUCAAGUACUCGCUUGACCUUUAUUGAACCAAUGAAGAAAUGCAAAGUAUUUGCCAGAAGGGCACGACAUCCUCGGUUGACGUCAGACGUAACCAAACAUUCUGCAAUCAUCUGCAUCUGCAUCUGCAAUGUCUGACUAAUAGUCAAGUGACAUUUUUGGGAGUAUUGUUUCUUUUUGAUGGUCCAUCUCGAAUUUGUUCUGAUUUAAAAAUAAUAAUCAUAAUAAUAAUAAUUAAAGGAGAAUUAAUCUGUUCAUUCAAACUCUCCCGAUCGUAAAGUUCUUCAGUCUGUCUGUUUUGUUGUUUUUUUUUCAUUCUGAGUUGAGCAUGCUACGUGAAGGUAAAUUUCAUCUUCUAACGUCCUCAACAGGUAAUCAUCUAAAUAUUACUACGCUAAAACAGUAAAACACUAACUGUGGUAGAAGUACAGACUCGAAAAGCCAGUUCCUUUUGAGAAUCGAUUCCCAGUAAUUCGAUUCCUAGGAAUCUUGUUGGCUUGCCUGACGAUUCGCCGCGUCGAUUCCUCCAAGAAGCGUAUUUCGGUUGUGAACUUUUCCAACGUGGCGUCAAGGCACAAGCGCUCAAAAGUUUCGACGGAAAAGACGAUACUGCAAAGCUUUCGUUUCGGCCAAAUUGGGAAACACUUCCGGUGCGGACAAUUUAUGUUAUGUCAUAUUACGAUAAUGACAUCAGUGAUGGCAUCUGCAUUAUUGCAUUAACUCAACCGAUGAGAAUCAAUAAAGAAUCGGAUCUAAAAUGGAUUCCGAAGCCCUAAAUCCUUCUCGAUUCGCCUCCCUCGCUUAGUCAAGUGUGAAAAGAAGUCAGCGACAGAAAUGAUAUCGUCUCGAAACAAGGCGUGAUUUCAUUAUUUUAGACGAGAAGAGAAACGUGCUAAUGCGCGUGCGUACAUUGUAUGGCUCUCGCGUCUCGGAAGAAUGUUUUCGUCUACGGGGGAAUCGUGUUAAUUCACGCGCGGUGUCGCUCAAAUAGCUUUCCGAGGGAAAACGAGCCACAAAUGACUUGAACCCGGACCCCGACGUCGCCCCGGGGGCGGCUUAAUCUGUCGUAAGCAAUUUCCCGCUGCACGUGUGAUUAUUGUGCUACGUACGCGGUGCUCCCCAUCCGUCACCGCUUGCGAUGUUCAGAGCCACCCGCGUGCAAUUACAAGCCGUUAGCCCCCCGAUGGAUCGGCUCUCUGAGGACGAAUGAGAUCAAGACAAAAUGACAAUCAGGAUAGAAAUGAAUUACACGCCAGCUUUUAUGAAGUCAUAUCUUUCAACCUUUUUUUUUU